CUGGUUCCACGGGAAGAUCUCGGGGCUGGAGGCGGUGCAGGAGCUGCAGCCCCCCGAGGAUGGGCUGUUCCUGGUACGUGAGUCUGUCCGGCACCCUGGUGACUACGUGUUGUGCGUGAGCUUUGGCAAGGAGGUGAUCCACUACCGUGUGGUGCACGAGGAGCACACGCUCAGCAUCGACAGUCAGCAGUACUUCUCCAACCUCAUCGACAUGAUUGAGCACUACAUGAAGGAGCAGGGAGCCAUCUGCACCAAGCUGGUGAAACCCAAACCGAAAACCGGGAUGAAGUCAGCUGAGGAGGAGUUGGCCAAAGCCGGCUGGUUGCUGAACCUGCAGCACCUCACACUGGGAGACCGCAUCGGGCAAGGCGAGUUUGGAGAUGUCCUGCAGGGCGAGUACAUGGGGCAGAAGGUGGCUGUGAAGAACAUCAAGUGCGACGUGACCGCCCAGGCCUUCCUGGCUGAAACCGCUGCCAUGACGAAGGUCCGGCACAAAAACCUGGUGUGUUUGCUCGGCGUGAUCCUGCACAACGGCCUCUACAUCGUCAUGGAGUUCAUGAGCAAGGGCAACCUGGUGAACUUUUUGCGCACGCGGGGCCGGGCACUCGUUUCGACCCAGCAGCUCCUCCUGUUUGCUCUGGACGUGGCCCAGGGCAUGGACUACCUGGAGUCUAAGAAGCUGGUGCACAGAGAUCUGGCUGCCCGCAACAUCCUCAUCUCUGAGGAGAACGUGGCCAAA